AACAUUUUUUAAGUACUAUUGCAGAUUCAAGAUAGCAGCAUUUCUUAAGAACCACCUCCAUUUGGUAGAGCAACAUGAAUCAUCUGCUUCUAAAGGCAGUUGCAAUGUUAACAGUAAUAAUAUUUUUUGGAGACACAAGUUGGACCAUGGAAGCCUGCAGUCCCAAUGACAUGGAAGCUUUGAUGAGUUUCAAGAAUGGAAUUCAAAUAGACACAUCCGGUCGCAUAGAAAAAUGGGUCGGUAACAACUGCUGCAAAUGGGAUGGCAUUGUUUGUGAAAAUUCAACCUUUAGAGUGAAAGAGAUCAAUCUACCAGGAUUUAUUUCCAAUGAUGAAGGCUUAUUUCAAACACAGAUGACAGGGUGGAUUUCUCCUGCAAUAGUGAUCCUCACAUCACUUGAAGUCAUUGAUCUUGGUGGUUUAAUUGGUCUUAGUGGAAUGAUUCCACCAACCAUUGGUUUGCACCUAACGAAUCUUCAAAAACUCUAUCUUUAUGGCAACAAUUUAACUGGUUCAAUACCAAAAAACAUUGGAGAGUUGCAAAAUCUUCAAGAACUAGCUCUGCAGGAAAAUCGGCUCUCUGGGUCUAUCCCUUUGAGUAUUGGGAGACUAAACAAUCUCAGAAGGUUGUUGCUUUAUUCAAAUCAAUUUUCAGGUAUAAUCCCAUACUCAGUUGAGAAUAUGAGAAAUUUGGUAGAGUUGGAUGUUCAUGACAAUGCUCUUACCGGUAAAAUACCGAAUAAAUUUGGCGAAAUGCAGGCUCUGGAAAAGCUUGAUCUUUCAAACAAUUUCUUAAGUGGGAAGGUACCUUCUUCACUAACAAAUUUAACCGUCAUUUCAGUUUUGUACCUAGACACCAACUAUCUAGAGGGAACCAUUCCGUUUCCCUCGAGACCGGGUGAAAUGUCGUGUUUAGCCUUCUUAAGACUUCAUAACAAUCACCUUGUAGGAAAUAUACCUUCCAAUUUUGGCUAUCUAGUAUCACUUCAAAGAGUUUCUUUAUCAAACAACAAUUUUGAAGGAACAUUGCCAUCUAAUUUAGGAAAUUUGGUGUCAUUAACUGAGUUUUAUCUUAGUGAGAAUUUCUUAUCUGGCCAAAUACCAAAAUCUAUAGGUCAACUUUCUCACCUCAUAAUGUUGAACAUCUCUAGAAAUUUGAUUGAAGGACCAUUGCCUCAAGAGAUGUCUUCUCUUCAAAAUCUACAAACACUUGAUCUUUCUUUCAACCAUUUGAAUCUCUCUACUAUCCCAAAAUGGAUAGGGAAAAUGUCGUCACUUUCUUGCAUUUACUUCGCCGGUUGUGGAAUCAGGGACCAAAUUCCAAAUUUUUUACAAACAACCAUUAGUCCAAUUCAGGAACUUGACUUGUCAAUGAACCUUCUCAAUGGAAGCAUUCCAUCAUGGAUUGGAAGCUUCAAUCAACUCUACAUGUUGAAUCUCUCAAGAAACAAUAUUUCUUCAUACAUACCUAAUUCUUUUAGAAAUUUGCAAGAUUUGUCAGUUCUUGAUCUUCAUUCAAAUAGAUUAACAGGCUCCAUAUCUCCAAUUUUCGACAUCGAACAAAGUACUUUUGGAGGAUCAUUAAAAUUUAUUGAUCUUUCAGAUAACAAAUUCUCUAGUGGAAUUGAGGAAAUUAGUUUAAGAGGGCAAUGUGAUAUUCAUUUUCUCAAUUUGUCUCAUAAUCUUCUAAAAGGUAAGAUACCAAAUACUAUUGGGAGAAUGAACUUUGUUAAUAGUUUGGAUUUGAGCUUCAAUAAGUUAGGAUUCAACUUACCUGAAGUGCUGGAAAAUUUAACCUCAUUAGAGGUAUUGAAGCUGCAAGAAAAUGAGUUCAAUGGAAAUAUACCUAUUGGAUUUCUUAAAUUGAUAAAGUUGAAGGAAUUAAACUUAUCUUACAAUCUUCUUGAAGGGGAAAUUCCAGAGGGUAAGCCAUUGAUUGAUUUUCCUAGGAGUUCUUAUUGUGGAAAUAAAGGUUUAUGUGGAAAACCUCUUGGUCCUUGUAAACUUUAGUGGCUCUCAUUCUGAAAGUUUUGAUUUUUGCUUGGUGCAAAACCAUAAAACUGAGAAUGCACUUAUUUCACUAGGAAAAGGAUAGAUUAUUAUUUCCAUUAAUUCUUCAUGUUUUUUCCUUCAAGAAAUAGAAACUUGUGAAAAAUAAUGGUUUUCAUUUAUGCAAG